AUGAUCGGCUCUACAUUCUUGUACUCUGCCCUCCUUGGCCUUGCCGGCCUCACUGAAGGCGCCCAAUUCUUCAGCAACAAAGGCGUACUCAACCAAAACGGCGGCACCAACGGCUGGUCGCACUUCCAAACCGAACGCAACGGCAAAAUCACCGAAGUCACCAACGUCUUCUCCGAGGGUCCGACCGCCCUUAAGAUGACGCAAACCUACGACUCCUCCUGGACCGGCCGCUACCACUCAGAAGUCGGCACCAGCGUCGGCGGCUACAAGCGCGGCGACAACCGCUUCUACGGCUUUCAGUUCCGCCUCUCGGAGGACUGGCAGUUCUCUGACGGCCAGUCCUUCAACAUCGCGCAGUUCAUCGCCGACUUCAGCGGCCAGUGCUCGGAGACAUUCAUGCCGUCCAGCAUGCUCUGGCUCGAGGGAAACCAGCUCCAUUCCCGCGUCAAGACCGGCAGUGUCUGUCCGACCUCUGCGCAGAUCACUACUCCGUUCAGGAACUUGGCUACUGUUACUGCGGGAGCGUGGCAUAAGAUUGUCAUGCAGGUCAAUUGGAGGUCGGACUCGACCGGCUUGUUCAAGGUCUGGUAUGAUGGCGAGAAGGUCGUUGAGCAUUCGGGAAUUAAGACCACGGUCGACAAUGACAAGCAGUUUAUGUUCAGGGUCGGCCUCUAUGCUAAUGGGUGGCAUGAUCAGGGCACCAACAAGGGGCAGAGCUUCAGGCAGAUUUGGUUUGAUGAGAUUGCUGUUGGUGAGGAGUUUAAGGAUGCUGAUCCGGCUCAGUGGUGA